CAUUAUCCAUGUUACAAAUAACGUUGAACUUUCGUUUCAGAGCUCUAAGACUAUAAGACACGAAUUUAGAACUCCGUUAACCGUCGUGCACGUUAAGCCGAAGUCGGAAUAAUUUAGAAUUUUUAACAAUUUGUUUGUCUAAAACAUUUUUCGACUGAACUUUCUCUAAAAAUUUAAAAAUCCAUCUACUAAAUUAUAAUUAAAAACGUGUUAUUAAUGAUAUUUGUUGUAUCAGUUUAACCGAAGCUUUCAAAGAAUCAACAACAGCUCUUCGUUUGGUAGCGUUGCCGGCCGGUAUAAAAAAAAAGAAAUCCAAAAUGGAAAAAACAAAUAUGUAUCCAGAAAUGCCAACGAAUCCCGGCAUGCCGCCAAUACCUGAUGUACCACCCUCCUACAAUCAGACAUUUCCUACAGCACCGGCUGUAAAUAAUAUUGCCGAAGGGAUGACAGGUCCACAACCAACGCCUUAUAAACCACAACAACAAGAACAACAACAAUCCUUUAUACAACAACUACCACCAACACAACCUCAACAAAUUUUUAUUCAAAAUUUGCCGCCAAUUCCACCACUUGGACCACGACCUUGUCUCGUUACAUGUCCAUCCUGCUAUCAGAGGAAAGUGUCCAACGUUGUUAUUGAGUCUUCAAUGAGAACACAUAUGUUUGCACUUGCAUUGUGUGUUGUAGGGUGCUUCUGUUGUUCGUGCAUUCCCUACUUCAUUGACAAUUGUAAAAAUGUUAACCAUUAUUGUAAAAAUUGCAAUGCAUACUUUGGUAUGUAUAAUACCAAAUAAAUUGCAUAUUAGAAUGACCGGAGUGGAAAAACCAAGGACUAAUUAGUGGGUGGCAAUCAAAAGUGUUUUUGUGCUUCAGUGCAUGUCCUUGGGUGGAAAGUUGAAGUGCACUUACAUAUAAUUUGAAACUGGGUUUGUGACUUUGAAAGUAAAUAUACACAAUUUUUAUGUAUUUCUACAGUUUUUUUUUUAAUGAUUUAUAAAUACAAUUUUAAAAAGUAUAUUUUUACAAUUUACAAAAAUUAUUAUAUCGAAUAAACAACAUUUUAUUUUUUAUCAAU